CGGGGGGCGCCGGCGGCUCCCAGCGGCACCCGGCGGGCGGCGCGGCCGCUGUCGCGUCGCUGUCGCGGCGCGCUGGGGCCCCGCGGCUGCCGCGGGCGAUGGCGCUGCCGCCGCUGCCGGCCCUGCCCCUGUCCCUGUCCCUGCCUGCAGCCGCGCUGGCGCUGGCGGCUCUCGCCGCCUUCCUCUUCGUCCUGAUUUGUGCAAUCGCUCAUGUAACUGCCAAAACAAUGCCACACGAUGAUGCUGAGUACAGGAAAGGAUCUGCACCAAGUAUACAUGAUCCUGCUACAAGAGAACUCUCUGUCGUUGUGCCUUCGUACAAUGAGGAAGACCGGUUACCCCUUAUGAUGGAUGAAGCUUUGGGUUAUCUAGAAAAAAGACAGAAAGAAGAUCCUUCAUUCACUUAUGAAGUGAUAGUGGUUAAUGAUGGUAGUAAAGAUCAAACUGCAAAGGUUGCAAAGGAGUACAGCAAGAAAUAUGGGAGUGACAAAGUGCGAGUGAUAUCUUUGGAAAAAAAUCGAGGGAAAGGGGGAGCAGUCAGGACGGGUGUCUUUAGUUCUCGGGGAGAAAAGAUUCUUAUGGCUGAUGCAGAUGGAGCUACAAAAUUUGCAGAUAUUGAAAAAGUAGAAGAAGGUCUAAAGAAUCUCCAGCCAUGGCCUAAGGGGAUGGCUAUUUCCUGUGGUUCUAGAGCUCAUCUGGAGAAGGACUCAAUAGCAAAGCGCUCUUACUUCCGAACUCUCCUCAUGUAUGGGUUCCACUUCCUGGUGUGGUUUCUCUGUGUCAAAGAGAUCCGGGACACACAGUGCGGAUUUAAACUUCUAACCAGAGAGGCUGCCUUGCAGACUUUCUCAAGCCUUCACAUAGAACGCUGGGCGUUUGACGUGGAGCUUCUUUAUAUAGCCCAGCGCAUGAAAAUACCUAUAGCAGAAGUUGCUGUCAACUGGACUGAAAUAGAAGGUUCUAAGUUAGUUCCUUUUUGGAGCUGGCUGCAGAUGGGCAGGGAUCUUCUUUUUAUACGACUGCGAUAUAUGACUGGUGCCUGGAAGCUUGAAGCAAAAAAAUGUAAUUAGGUUAUUUACAUUUUCCAAAUAUAUUAUUAUGCUUAAUGGAACACGAGAAAAGUUUCAAUCAAGUGAAGUGGUGGUGAAAGCUGAGGUAAUUCUUCAUUGCUCCUCUUGUAUGUUUUAUUUUUGCAGUAUGUGUAUGUUUUAUAAGAUUGUCAGCAGAGAUUUUCUACAUUUUGGAAAAAAAAAGCAUUUCCAAAAAGAUUUUCCUAAGUGGUAACUGAGUUUUUAUUUUAUUAAAUAGUGUCUUAUGAAUUCAUUCAAAUAAAUAUAUCUGCUUUUGUCUCAUCAUACAUCUGGAAUCUCCUUAUUAAGAAGAGGUAUUAAAAAGAGGCACUCUGUUCUACAUUGUGUAAUGUUCUGUUAUGAAUGACCACAAUCAUUUGUUUCUGUUAUAUUGGAAAUUUUAGGCCAUAUUGCAGCUUGGAAUUAUCAUUCAUGGUUCACACUGAUGUAUGGUUAGAUUCAAUGUUAUGGGAAACAUUAAUGGAUUUUACUGAGUUAUAAGAGUAAUGUUCAUAAAGUUGUUUCUCAAGAUAUCCAGUCAUCUCUUGACAUUCCAAAUGUUCUUGUCUGAGGCUGAAAUAGUUUUCCUGAUCUUUUCCAGACUGUAGAAGGUCCAAGAGAAAGCACAUUUAAUUUUAAAAUGUCUUUUAUAAAUGCAUUUUGCUCAUACAUACUUACUACUGUAUGCUAAAGGCUAGGAGUCCUUGACAUCUACAGGUCUGUAGUGAAAAGGGUAUGGAAAGCUCAGAGCAUGCAAAAGUGAGACCCAGUGUAUACACUGGGGACCUGUGCAUUAGUAAUACCAGUCUGAUGUUGUCAUGCUUCAAAUGAGAUCAGAGACUGAGGGAGGGGUCUUGACUCUUUCAUACUAAUGUCACACUGCAUUAUAGUACAGCAACAGUUUCAUUUGUGCUUUCAAAGUAGCUGUGAAUUGCCAACAAACUAAGUCAAUCUGCCUUUCUGAAACUUGUACUAUUUUGAAGAGCUUUAAAGAAUUAACAAUGUAUGAUUGUGCUUUCAUAUGUGAAUUCACUGGUGAUUUUUCUUAUUUUUCUGUAAUACUGACUUGAGUUUUGCUUUUGUUAGGGUUACCUCAGUUUUCUAUAAAGUACUGGAAUAAAUUCUCAAAAAAUAUAA